UUAGGGGAAUAUUGUGUUAACGGAAGUUACGUUGGUAGCGGUUACUACUGAUGCGUCCUUUCUAUAUUUCCUAGCUGGAGUAGCAGUACGUAACAAUGGCCCCAAGGAAAGGUAAAGUUCAAAAGGAGGAAGUCCAAGUAUCCCUUGGUCCUCAGGUACGCGAAGGCGAAGUUGUCUUCGGCGUUGCCCACAUUUUCGCCAGCUUCAACGACACUUUCGUCCAUGUGACAGACUUGUCUGGCCGUGAAACCAUCUCCAGAGUUACCGGAGGCAUGAAAGUCAAAGCCGACAGGGACGAAGCUUCCCCGUACGCCGCUAUGUUGGCUGCUCAAGAUGUUGCUGAGAAGUGCAGGUCUUUGGGCAUCACUGCUUUGCACAUCAAGUUGCGUGCCACUGGUGGCAACAAGACUAAAACUCCAGGACCUGGAGCACAGAGCGCCCUCAGGGCUUUGGCCAGAUCUAACAUGAAAAUUGGCCGCAUUGAGGAUGUUACUCCAAUUCCAUCUGACUCAACUCGCAGGAAGGGUGGCAGACGUGGUCGUCGUUUGUAAACGGACUCAAUAUACAAAAUAUAUUUUUGGUUUGCAUCUUGUUUUACUACCAUCAAA